AUGGAAGUGCACGGCCUGGAGAUCGAGGGCAGGGACUGUGGGGAGGCUGCGGCCCAGUGGAUUACUAGCUUCCUGAAGACACAGCCCUACCGCCUGGUACACUAUGAGCCUCACAUGCGACCGAGAAAUUCUCACCAAAUAAUGGAUGUGUUCCAGCCCACAGACCAGAUUGCGUACUCAGAUGCCAGCCCGUUCUUGAUUCUCUCUGAGGCAUCUUUGGCAGAUCUCAACUCCAGGCUGGAGAAGAAAGUUAAAGUGGCUAACUUCAGGCCCAAUAUCGUCAUUUCAGGGUGUGGUGUCUAUGCAGAGGAUUCUUGGGAUGAGCUUCUUAUUGGUGACGUCAUACUGAAAAGAGUAACGGCUUGUUCCAGGUGCAUUUUAACCACGGUGGACCCAGACACUGGCGUCAUGAGCAGGAAGGAGCCGCUGGAGACCCUGAAGAGUUAUCGCCUGUGUGACCCUUCUGAGCAAAAGCUAUACGGAAAAUCGCCUCUCUUUGGGCAGUAUUUUGUUCUGGAAAACCCAGGGACAGUCAGAGUGGGAGAUCCUGUGUACCUGCUGGGCCAGUGA